AUGUUACAAACACCUUCUAGGGCAUCAACAGCCUCGUCUUCGUCGUUUCAGCCGAUUUCUCGCCAGAACACCAUGUCUUCCUACGAGGGUUCGCGCUCGGCGCGUCAGUCUAAGCGAUACUCUAUGUCGGCUUUAUACUUGUCUAUGUCGGCGAACGAGUCGGAUCUAGAAAUUGAAGAUGAUUUGGCAAAAGCUCAGAAGAUAUUGCGCGAGUUAAAAUCCAAGAUUUCCUCGCAAUCAAAGAAGAAUUUCGUCCUCGAAAAGGAUGUUCGAUAUCUCGAUUCUCGAAUUGCCCUAUUAAUCCAGAACCGGAUGGCUUUAGAAGAGCAAAACGAAGUUGCGAGCCAUCUCGAAGACGCGACCGAUCUGCAAGAGGGCGCGUUUCCUAACGACGACAAAACACAAAAAUAUGGCAACCUCUUGUUCUUAUUGCAGUCUGAGCCUAGGCACAUAGCCCAUCUGUGUAGGCUAGUGUCCAUGUCUGAGAUUGACUCCCUGCUACAGACCGUCAUGUUCACCAUUUACGGAAAUCAAUACGAAAGUCGAGAAGAACAUCUACUCUUGACUAUGUUUCAGUCCGUUUUAACCUAUCAAUUCGAUACGACACCGGAAUAUUCGUCCCUUCUCCGAGCAAAUACGCCGGUCUCCCGUAUGAUGACUACCUACACUAGGCGUGGUCCCGGGCAGAGUUUCUUGCGAACAGUACUGGCGCAAAGAAUCAACAGCUUGAUCGAAUUGACGGAUCUCGACCUCGAGAUCAACCCCUUGAAGGUCUAUGAGCGCAUGUGUCAACAAAUCGAGGAAGAUACCGGUGGUCUCCCGGCAAAUCUUCCUAGAGGCAUUACGGGAGAGCAGGCUGCCGAAAACCCCCAAGUCCAGGCUAUCAUUGAACCUCGUUUGACGAUGCUGACGGAAAUUGCUAAUGGCUUUCUGACUACGAUCAUCGAGGGACUCGAGGAGGCCCCGUACGGUAUUCGAUGGAUAUGCAAGCAGAUUCGAAGUUUGACGAAGCGAAAGUACCCCGAUGCAAAUGACCAGGUCAUUUGCACACUGAUUGGUGGCUUUUUCUUCCUUCGUUUCAUCAAUCCCGCUAUUGUCACACCGAAAUCGUACAUGCUUAUCGACGGAGUGCCUUCUGAGCGACCUCGGCGUACCUUGACGUUAGUUGCUAAGAUGUUGCAGAAUCUGGCUAAUAAGCCAUCGUAUGCCAAAGAACCAUACAUGGCCAAGUUGCAGCCGUUCAUCCAACAGAACAAGGACCGUGUCAACAAGUUCAUGCUCGACCUUUGUGAGGUUCAAGAUUUCUACGAGAGUCUCGAGAUGGACAAUUAUGUUGCACUUUCCAAGAAGGAUCUCGAGCUUUCUAUCACCCUAAACGAGAUAUACGCCAUGCACGCCUUGAUCGAGAAGCAUACUGCGGAGCUCUGUAAAGAUGAAUCGUCUCAUUUGUCUCAAAUCAUUUCGGAGCUAGGCCAUGCACCCGCACAAGUACCUCGGAAAGAGAACAGAGCCAUUAACCUUCCCCUAUUCAGCCGAUGGGAGACCGCCAUCGAUGAUUUAACAGCAGCUUUAGAUAUUACGCAGGAAGAGGUCUACUUCAUGGAAGCUAAGUCCAUAUUUGUACAGGUUAUGCGGUCUAUCCCUGCGAACAGUUCGGUCGCCCGUCGCCCAUUACGCCUGGAGAGAAUUGCGGAUGCAGCAGCCACAUCGAGAAAUGACGCAGUUAUGGUCCGAAAAGGUAUCCGGGCCAUGGAACUACUUAGCCAACUCCAGGAGAUGAAAGUUAUCGAUAAAUCCGACCAAUUUAGCCUCCUCAGGGACGAAGUUGAGCAAGAGUUGCAGCAUUUAGGUUCUUUGAAGGACGGUGUCAUUGCGGAGACUGCUAAGCUUGAAGAGGUGUACAAGACGAUCAGGGACCACAACUCAUACCUCGUCGGCCAAUUGGAGACGUACAAGAGCUAUCUUCACAAUGUGCGAAGCCAAUCCGAAGGUACGAGACGAAAGCAGCAGAAACAGCAAAUUCUUGGCCCGUACAAAUUUACUCACCAGCAAUUGGAAAAGGAGGGUGUCAUUCAGAAGAGCAAUGUCCCUGAUAACAGAAGGGCCAACAUCUACUUUAAUUUCACCAGCCCUUUGCCGGGAACCUUUGUGAUAUCGCUCCAUUACAAAGGACGCAACCGUGGGCUUCUGGAGCUCGAUCUCAAGCUAGAUGACCUACUAGAGAUGCAGAAGGAUAACCAGGACGAUUUAGACCUUGAAUACGUACAGUUCAACGUCACGAAGGUAUUGGCCUUGUUAAACAAGCGCUUUGCUAGAAAGAAGGGUUGGUGA